AUGAUGAGAAUAAGCGGCUCGAGGAAGAGACCAUCAUCGCCACCACCACCAUCAUCAUCAUCAUCAUCAUCGUAUUCAGAUUCAGAUUCCAAUGAGCGACAGAGACAUUUAUCGUCAGAAGAUAACCAUCACAAUGAAAGAAGACGAAGUCGUAGCGGACCGCCAGGACAUCGACGAGACAAUGAUAGACAAAAAGAUGAGGAGGAGGAGGAUGAACAUAAUGACAAUUAUUCCAUUUCGGAUGAAGUUGAUUCCUUUUCGACAAGCUCUCUUCCAACGGUAUUUAAAAGAAAUGGUGUUGGUGGGAGUAUGAGGGAUGAUUUGAGUGAAAUCACCAACAUUUUUUCACCCAAAAAAACCAUCAGAUACGGCGUUGACGAUAGCGAUACUGAUGAUGACGAUAGCACGAUUGACAGCAGCUACAAAUGGGAGUUAUCCAAUCGUUGGUGCACCAUUAUCAUCUUGAUUGGUGCAAUCAUUGCUGUCAGCGUUGGAACCGCUCUACUCAUCUUCGUGGGUGCGUCCCAAGAAUUGCCCGACUCCUCCCAUGUCUGGCAACCAAAUCACGAACCACCACCAGGCGGUAAUGCCACUACAACCAUGUCGGCACCACCUACGUUCCAGCCAACACCGCCCCCCACCAAACCAAUGGAUGCGACUUUGUUUAUUCGUCCCAUUAUUGAGCCACCUUCCAAGGCCGAAUGCAAGAGCAUUGCCGCGGGCAAGGAAUAUUAUGAAGCACUGUUCCAAAAUGAAAACGUUGACCAACCAAUGAAAGCCUAUUUUGCAAUUGACAUGGACGUUAUGAUCCGAAAUCAAAUGGCGUAUGGAGGAAGGAACUUUGUAAAUUUAGUCUUGCCAGAGAUUCAAAUGGCAAUUCAAAAGACUUUGCUUCCCUUGUUGUUGGGAUGCAGUGACAAUAAGAAAAGACGACAGAGGUCGCUGUUGGUCACGGAAUAUCCAAUAUUGAACGCCAAAGUCAUCAAGUUGCACAAGAAAAGUGGGCUUUGUGUACAAACGCCAGUAUCUUGCUACAAGAUUUCCGUGGAGCUCAUGCUGUCAUUUAUCGAAAUGGGACCAUUGGGUCCCAUUGUGGGGCAGAUCACAGAACUUUUUACCGAGCAAACGUUAGUGGACCACCUAGGUCUUGAAUUCAUUAUUCAAAAUACCGAUACCACGGACGUGAGGACGCUGGAUUCUCCACCCUCCAAUUCACCAUCGCUGGCACCAUCGGAAAGUCCAAGUACCAAGCCAACCAGUAUGCCAUCCACGGUCCCGACCCUUGCUCCCAUCACCGCUUCUCCCACACAAACACCUACCAAACAACCAUCUAAGACUCCUACCAUGGCUCCUUCAUCAAGUCCAACGAGGUUUCCAACAGAAGCUCCCAGCAGUAUGCCUACUCCAUCUCCAUCCUUGACACCAACUCCCGCUCCAUCGUUGACAGCAUCUGACCGACCCACAGAGAUUCCCUCGGUGGGUCCGUCCAUGGUUCCAUCAACAGUACCUUCCAUCUCGAUUGUACCAUCCAAUGGACCAUCGACGAUUGACAGCCAAGUUCCUAGUAUCAAUAUGAUGAUGGUCUCCAAUCGUCCCACAAUAAUUGCAGAUUCCUCAUCAAUGCCGUCUGUAAAGAAGCCAUCUUCCGGACCCUCUUUUCAAGCAACCAUCAUGAGCGAGUCGCCAACUCGUUCGGCAGCGCCAUCAUCGUUUGAUCCUACUAUAUAUAGUAGUGUCAGUUCGUCAUCCCCAUGA